AUGCUCGUUGUGCUGCUCGCGGCAGCGUCGGGCAAUCCGGCCGUCGUCGCCGCCGCAUCACCGUUGGCGGCUCCGGCGAGGGCGCACCGUGCGCUCGCGCCGACUCUAGACUGCAACGGGGUCCUCGCCGCCGUGCACAAGGCGCUGAACGGGAAGGACUGGACAAAGGAAGUGAACGGUCGGUUCGUUGGGUACGACGUCGGAUGGCAGUGGCCCGACCCUUCGAUCGAUUGCUGCAAUAAGGAGUUUGUCAGGUGCAACAAAACAACACACGAGGUCGCGGAGCUGGAUCUGCGGCACAUCGGCAGGCUCAAGGGCACUCUCCCAGUCCAGCUCGGCCAGCUCACCUCGCUCGAGUACCUCGACCUCAAAGGCACCCUCGGCGUCACCGGCACUCUGCCGCCCGAGCUCUUUGGCAGCAAGAUGAGCGAGCUGAUCGCGGUUCGGGCCAAGCUGAAGACGCUCGAGCUCGACGACAACUCGUUCUCCGGCACCGUCCCGCCCUCCCUCUCGAGGCUGAGCGAGCUCCAGGCGCGAGAGAUCUGGAGAGUGCGUUGGGGCGGGGGUAGCUUGAGGCGUGCUGGAGGCCUCCGCAUCGCCGCAAAGGGCACGUGCGAUCUGACGGACAAACGCCGGUGGGCGGGCGCCAGUGCCAGCUCGUGGUACGCCACCUUGGCUAACGAGCUGCCGCCCGCGCCGCCGGCUCCGCGCAUCCAGGCUGGCCGAGCCUUGGCGUCGGUGGGCACGGCGUCGGUUCCGCCGCCGUCCUCGGUGGCGCCCGCCCCCCCUCUCUCGGGGUGGCAAGGCGGCCCACAGAGCGGCAGCAUCUGGGACCCGGGAAGGCUGACUGACGGCCGCCCUGCGGUGCUCUGGAACCACUGGCCGCCCGGCACUGACGGCAACUCCUUCGAUUGCCCGCUCCCGAACGACCUGCCCGAGCCGUGCCGUGCCGAGGGGACUGUGUGCAACUGGGUGGAGACCGAGAUGCAGACGCGGGCAGACGAGUUCGCGCGGGGGCUGGUCGCGGACGACGAGGGCGGAGGAGACGGAGAGACCAACGUCUCCGCUGUUUCCGAGACCCGGGGGCUGAUCGAGAAGGAGGAGGGCGGAGGAGAGGCAGCGUCGGCCAACGAGGCGGCGGCAGCCCCGGACCUCGUCGCGAUCGAGGAUGCGCCGGCGGCGGUGCCCACCGCGGGCGUGCGCGGGCGUGGCGACGCAUGA